GCAAGCUCAAUUUCUUUUUACGAGACACUAGCAUUUUUCUGCCCACUCCUCGGUUUAUAACACUGGGAAAUCCGUGUCCCAUUUUACAUUCGGCCGUCGCUCUCAUCCAGUCACCAAAGUCACGAUGGCCACCGCUUGCAUUUCGCAGCGGUGUGGCCUCUGCGGCUUCAAGAUUCAGAAAAAUGAUAGGAUCGUUGCUGUGAUGAACGACGGACGACAGUCGGGUGAAAUGUCCUACAAUCUGUCGAUGACUGACCAAUAUGGUGCAAGUUUCGAGGAGUGUCUUGGUGCUUGCCCUCAUCGAGGCGGACGAGAAGUAGGCUGCCAUGCCAUGUGUGCCAGUCUCGUCCCCUUAGCGUCGCGUGCAUCACUACUCAAGGUGUUGACAUACCAAUACGAACCUUCGCCUUUUGAGGUUACCAGGCGCAUGAACUGGUUCCAUAUACAAUUCGCGUCAACAUCACCGAUUUGGAGGCAUGCGAAACCACACUUGCCCCAAGAACUCCGUUCUCAGAUUGCGACGCACCUUCUUCAGGGUACCGCUCUGCGCCGGUACACCGUGGCAUGCACCCGCAUUCUGCCGAAGGAUAUGGAGAGUGGUAGCUCUCGCAUCCGCGUCUCAGCCGAAAUUUGGGCGCGUUUCAUUGAUUUUGAAGGAGUCCGGUAUAUUUCGUCCCUGAGCAAUUCACCCGACGAUGAUCAUGCGGAGUCUAUCUUCGCGCCCAACACUGCUCAGGCCGUUGAUUCCAUCUAUGUCGCCGAAAACCAUCUGGGCGCGAUGCAGGUACUGUUCUGCAGCUCCGUUAAGGCUCCAGUUGUAGAAAGACGACAGGGUCUUUGGUGGAGGAUCAUUCAGCUACGGGGUCGUUGUCCGGUGCUCGUUAUUCAAACCGAUGUAAGGGCCUUACCACUUUUUUCCAGGUACAGGACUAACGUGCCUCAGGGUGUCAAGUUGCGUACCAUCAUGGUAGAAAGCGAGGAGGCCGGCUCGCAUUUGACUCAAUCCUUGUGGUCUGUGCCUCCGUCAGAACCCCUUCGGCUAGUUCAACUGGAGGCUCGCCCGCCGGCAGCUCAAUUAUCAAUGUUAGCUUGUAACGAACCUGGCAUAGCCGCGUAUUCAGUUUACUGGAACUGCUCGAUUAUGUUGUUACACGCUCAUAUCCCUGGAGAAGAUCUCACUUUCUAUGAAGGCUAUCAAGAAGGCAUUUGGUUACAUUUUCCUCUCAAAACAGGAGAAAAAAUAUCCGAAAUCUGGAAACACGGCCAAGUCGAAUCUGACCUGGCCCUCAUUCUCAAGACGAACCAUAGCCGUGUUGCUCUUUUUGGUCCUCAAUCCAUAUCGCAGCCACUGCCCCUGCCGACCUUGAUCGACCUUCCACCUCAAGACAGGGGCAGCCGGUUUUUUUUUGAGCACUCCCCGCUUGGGGUAUGUAGCCUCUAUUUCGAAACCCCUAAACCAGCGCCUCCUACUAAUUCCUCGCUCACUCUCCCAAAACCUAUGUCUCGACAACCAAAAUCCUUCUCUGAGUCUUACUUCUACACGACAGCCGAUCUUGACGACAUUGAGAUGAUUGUGCCGUGCCAGCGCUAUAUACGCGGGAAACGACAUAUCAUUGGUCUGCUUCUUCAGUUUCCUGAGGGCCGCCAGUCUUGUGUUGGCCAGGUUCGUCUUGAUAGCUUGGGAGGUCCUCUCCGAGCGGACGGCCAUCAAAGCAUAUGGCUCGGCUUCUCUAAAAGUGACCACAGACCGUUCGUGUCUGCUGUGGUACUUUCAAAACCAAGAGGCAACGAAGGCAUCUCGUGGCUUGAGAUACAAUUUUAUGGCACGUUGGAAUGGUGGUUUACCUUGAGGCAAUGCCAAGUGUGUUACAUGGGAAAGUCGAGUCCACCUACUAGACUUUGAUUCGGGGAGCCGCGCUGACAGGGAGCUGGUUAUUAAACCAGAAACAAGAUAUGAGCUAGACACUGAGGGGCAUGGUGACGUACAGCAGUGUUUUCUUUUGCACAGCAACAAGACGAAGUUUUGGCGGCCGUCAGGGCACGAUGAUGUUGCGGACAGCAUGAAAUCCUCGGAGCGGGUGCGCAGACGAACCGGCGGAUCAGUGCGGGUGGAUCCUUCAUGACUUGUCGGAGGUUGCGGUGCCAAAGGGCCUGCGCUUGGUGUUGAUCACCGAGCUGUGAGAGGGUUAGCUGUACGGGGUUGUGGGGAUGUCACUAACGGCUGCUAUUUCUUUGCGGUAGAAGGCUACUGACCCGACUAUCAGCAGAUAAGGAGCUGCUACAGACGGCGGACGGUGUGCCAGACAUGUAACACUGGUACUUCCGAGGUUUCAGUGCGUUUUGGCAACCUCCACGAAACAUCUCUCCGGCUUGGCACGGGCUGUUAGUGUCAUGCUAAGGAGGGGCCCCAGUUCCCGCGGUUUGCCGCCGCGCGCUGGGGCAGAUUAGCUAUACGCUAAUCAAACCCUUAACAACGCACAUUUUCCCCUCGAUUCGAGCCGACGAUUAUUCAACCUAACGAGCCGCCGCCGACUUGACAUCGCCUUCCGCAGGCUAGAUGAAGUCUUCCUGGUAGGGCAGGAAGCAGAGGUUCCAUCUAGCCUCCCGAAGGAGCCGGGCGAACUUCAUUCCCGGCGCAAGCGGCACUUCCGGGCCCAAAUUGAACACCACCGAUCGACUUUUCGACUUCGCUCCCUCAACACCUUUUCCCCUCAAACGAUCGAAGACCCCCUCGAAAAGACAAACAGACACUAGGGUUGCUGUGUAUAGCCACGGUAAUACACGGCUGUGCUUGUUACAGAGCCUAACAGCAAACCCUACAACCUAUCCUCACGAGGUUUCGCCCCUUGUGGUUUCCCUCGUGGCGGUAUAACCUAUCACGAUAUGCUUCGGACGGCUACUGGGACGUUGUGUAAACCAGCAGCCUGCGGGCUCUGGGUCGAAGGAGAGGAAAUACCGGCGGAAUCGCGGUUUAGGGACGACCAGAGCACUGUCUCGGGCAAGCCAGCGGCACCCAGAGACAGCUCGAACACAUAGUUGCCUCUAGGCACGACUUGGAGGACGAUUUGGACUGUAUCUAGUGGUAGUUAUAGGCCUACGGCUCUCCACGCCACAUACCCUUCGGGAGGUCUGCCGCAAGGGCGGUUGCGCUCUUGCCGCCAUGGCGUAAAAUACAACAACAACAACACAACAACAACAACAGUGCGUUUUGGUGAGGGUGGAUGGGAUGAAGAUCGAAAUCGCUAAAUUACGAGAAGGUUGCCCUGAACUGUAUGCUGUGUACAUUGGACAGUGGAGGUUUGCUGUGGUAAUAAAUGAUAUUUUGUAGGAAUCAUGAGUUGCAUUCUUAGAUGGUGGUAUGUCACCGGGGCGUAUUAUUUCUUUAGACAAACACAAAGUACUUGAACUGUGAUGGGCUGCUUGGAGAAGGCUAUGGGUGGCUUAGAACCCUCGGCCUGUUCGUUUCGCUUGAUCCCGCAAAUGAGUUAUCCGCAGAUUCGUCUUGCUGUUCAACGCCCAAGUGCUGG